AUGUGGCCUACGUCAUCAUUUCGUGAGUGUUUAGACAUGGCGACGGAUCGGCAUGUCGAAAAUUUUUCUUCGAAGAACCUAGCUUCUGCUGCUGCAAAUGGCAAUAAAACGGAAGUGUUGGCAGCCAUCCAGCAUGGAGCAGACAUAAAUCAGAGAUCCGGGGAUGGGAUGGUACCUUUAUGCAUAGCUGCAUUCUGGGGUUAUGCAGACAUUGCCGAAACCCUUUUGAAACAUGGAGCAGAUGUGAAUGUUACAAACUCUGGCACAAGGUGGACAGCAGCUCAUUGUGCAGCUUUUCAAGGACAUGGAAAGGUUCUCAUGAAGCUGAUGGAAUACAGACCUAAUCUUACUCUCAGGGAUUCUAAAAAUAGGACAGCAGGAGACUUCGCCUCUGCACUUGAUUCAAUCUGGUCAAUAUUUGCAGCUGCAGGAUGCCGGAGGACACCUAAAGCAGAUUUAAUUAGGAUGGACAUUGUCCAAAAGAUUUAUUCAGAAGAAGAUCCGACAAUUUCAAAGUCAGAUUAUGCCCACUUUUCAAGGCCAGGAUCGGCAUAUGCCAUGCGCUCACAACCAAUGCAAGGAUUAGACACAAGAAGGGAUAUGGCAGCAGCAACUGGUGAUGUGUUAGCAGGAAUAAGUGAAGAGCCAGUCAUGAAUAGCCGAGGACCUUCAUUACAGAUAUGGAGACACUGACAUGGGGUCUUCCUGGAGGUGGAAAAGAGACUGUGUUUGACUUUUAUUAGGCCUGGUCCAUUAGUCACACUCUUGCCAAGUCGAAUUCAACUUGAAUUUAGGUUGCCACAUUGAGUUGUUUUAAUGGGGUGUCAUGCUUGUAUAGCCUAAUCAAGCUUCACUGCCGGAUUAUUAGGCAGAUAUUGUUUACAUUCGACUUGGCAGAAUACCUGACAGAAAUUUAUUCCGUCCAGAAUUGAGUCAACGCCCACAGAACAAGUUCUGUUAGUGAACAUGCCGCACAUCUAUCAGUUCACAUAUGUAUGUGUCCAUUGAGUUGGGCAUGGAAGCAUAUUCAGCUGGGAUACACAAUGAAAAGCAGCAACACAAUCGAGAUUAUACAAUGUAUUCUAUUUACAUUCCACGAGGAGUUUCCUAAGUUAUUUACAAUCAUAUUCAUAUAUCAUGAUGCCAAUCACAUUCCAUACAUUAUAUUUUGAAUUGAAUAAAAUAUUUUCACCAAAA